UUGAACAUUUAUUUUUGAAAAAAUUGAGCAUUAUCUAAAUGGGUCUAAGUAUUGAAAUGCAAUUGCUUUUAGUCCUAAGUUUGUCUUUGAUUCCCAAUUUUGAGGCUCAGCUUGAGGUGGGUUUCUAUAGCCAGAGAUGCAGCCCUGCGGAACGCAUUGUCAAGGAUGCAGUUAGAAGUGCAGUCAGUAACGACGUUGGACUGGCAGCCGAUCUCAUCCAUAUGUAUUUCCAUGAUUGUUUCGUUCGGGGUUGUGAUGGUUCAAUUCUCAUCGAUUCGAAUUCAACGAACACAGCAGAGAAGGAUUUCUUUGCAAACAAAAUUAGCCUUCGGAGUUUCGGAGUCCUUGAUUCGGCAAAGUCGAAGUUGGAGGACAUGUGCAAAGGAGUAGUUUCGUGUGCAGAUAUUCUUGCAUUUGCUGCUAGAGAUGCCGCAGAGAUGGUUGGAGGGAUUGGUUGGGAUGUCCCUGCUGGAAGGAGAGAUGGAAGGAUUUCAUUAGCCUCAGAAAAUCUGGCAAAUUUACCUGCACCCACGUUUACGGUUCCUCAACUAACUCAACUUUUCUUAAGCAAGGGACUAACACAAGAAGAAAUGGUUACCCUCUCAGGAGCUCAUACAAUAGGGCGUUCACACUGUACUUCAUUUAGCAACAGAUUGUUCAAUUUCAGCUCAACCUCAAGCCAAGAUCCAAGUUUAGACCCUAGAUAUGCGACCCAACUGAAAUCCAAGUGCCCAAAGGGGAAUACAAACACAAAUUUGGUGGUCCCGAUGGACCCUUUGAGUCCAACAGUUCUGGAUAAUGCCUAUUACAAGAACAUUCUAGCCAAUCGUGGGCUAUUCACCUCAGACCAUGCUCUUCUCAGUGAUCCUUCAACAUCAAGCCAAGUGAGUGAAUAUGCAGCGAAUGUGUUCCUUUGGAGGACCAAGUUCGGGGCAGCAAUGGUGAGGAUGGGUCAAAUUGGUGUCCUAACCGGCAAUGCCGGAGAAAUACGUCGGAAUUGUAGGGCUGUCAAUUGAGCUAUGUGUGUGGGUCAUCUACAGCCUACUUUUGCUUUUAAUCAUCAUGACUGGUUUGAUUUUCUUUUAUAUGGUUUGGAUUAAUGCAUGGGUGCAUACCCAUCUGAAUGUAGAUUUUUAAAUGUUUAAGAAAAUGAAUGUAGAUUUUUAGAUGUUUAAGAGAA